UCUUCUGUUAAGAAAAAAAAGACAUAUCUACAGCCCAUUGAUGUAGGUGAUGCAUAAGGUUUUGUAAUAUAUUUUUUGGACAUUCGGGUUGUUUUUUUUUGUUGUUGUUUUUUUUCCUCUCCACGGGCAGUAUAUCAGCACUGCUUCCCUUUUCACAUGUCAAACAGAUGUGGUGUGUCUUGUGUGAGAGCAGUGCAGGGAGGGAAGAUGUCAGUGGGAAUCAGUGCUUGAUCGCGCGCGUGCUUUCCUGAGUGAAAGUGCGAGACAUGGGUGGGUGCUAGGGUGAGGAGGGGGCGUCUCUGUGUGACGUCAUACCGGUGGAAACGGAUAAAAACCAAAUAAGCGCGUGAGUUUGAGCUUCACGGGGGAAAAAAAAAUAAAAAACCUGAGGGAGAGCUCGGCGGCAGGAGUGGAUGCAGGAGGAAUACGCAGGGCAAAGAGCAGCUGACGCACAAACCCAAGUAUCCUGAAAAGGGUAUUGUCAUUGGAAACCUCAUCCUUCAUAUUUUCAAAGUCGAAGGUUUUUUUUGUUGUUGUUGUUGCUUUUUUUUUUUUUGUUUGUUUUUUUUUGUACAGACUGAGGAUCACGCGCGUGCCAUUCGUCACCAGCUGAAGAGAAACAAGUGAUGACAACAGACUCUAUCUCUUGCGUCCCCGUGCGCUGGAAACCGGCUUAUUUAAUAAAUUAUUGAGUGGAUGGUCAGAGCUUUUACUUUUUUUCCCCUCUCCUGUGCGGUCAAAUGAAACCUCAAGAUACUUUUUGUUUUCCUUGGUGUGGUGAACACGCAGGACGGAAGGAGAGAGCGUGAAAAGUGGCGACAGGCUACCUCUUAUAACCUAACCUUAACCUUAGAUUCCAUAUAACCAAACAACCGGAUAGCAUCCUUUAUUAUUAUUAUUAUUAUUAUUAUUAUUAUUAUUAUUAUUAUUAUUAUCAUUAUUAUUAUUAUUUUGUGUUUAUUUAAGAGCUAUAGCACCGUGGAGAAUUUUCCUUGAGUCCAGUGAUGCUACGCCUUAACAGGUGACAUAUUUCGCGCGCGUAUGAGCGUGAGGUGUUUUGGCUUUCUUUAUAUAGCUAUAGCCAAAUGUUGUCAUCCGACAUGGUGCACUGAUACCAGAACAGAUUUCUACAAAAAUCUACAUAAAUAUGAGAGGUAAAUAAAACCGGUAUAAAUAACUAACUAAAUAAAUAAAUAAAUAAGAAAUGCGUGCUAGAGAAGAUAAUCCAGUGAAGCUGCUUUGAGUGGAGGGGAAAAAACUCACAUUGGCUCAGAAAUCAAGGUGUAGGCUGUAUAUAAUCGAUUUUCACUCAAUAAUAACUGUUAAAAUGGCUCCCCCCCAACGUAGAAUAAGUUACAAUAAGAAACAAUAAUUCAUAUUCACCUUUAUAUUUAACCAGUAUUUCUCGAAAUAAUCAGCAGAAAGACAUUUCCCUCAAUUUAGUAGUCUGAUAUUAGGAUGGUUUCAGUCAAUAACACACCAGCAGUGUAAUUUUUUUUCGCUCAAAUGUUCUUGGUGACAUUUAGUAAUCAUUUAGUAGAGUUGACAUAUUAUUCGUAGUUUAUUUUUGUUUUGCUACUGGUGGGGCGUUUGACAACAUAAUACAAGAACCCGUCCUCAAACUGAUAAUUCCAGAUUGAAUGAUUUGAUUAUGCAGAGGAAUUAAUUGCACAAUGCUUAUCAGACUACUGACCAUCAUUCUUGUAAUAUUCCACACAUGGCUGCUAAACACAGCUCUGUCAGACCACAUUCAGCGCUAUAGGCAGAGUCUUGUGCUGAAAGAGGCUAAGAAACAGACUGUUGAAGAGCAGUGUGGCUCGGUCAGCCUCAGUGUCCCUGCAGCCCGACACUAUCUUCUAGCAGGCAUGCCAGGCAAGUAUAUCCGCCUGCCAGGCCUCUGUCUGAAAUCAGCGCUGAACACAGGCUUCGGCUCAGGUGAAUACAGUUCUGACAGAAGCAGUGUCCCUGGAAUGUGUGAUGAAAAUGGUGACCAAAAAAAACAUGGUGAUAACUCGCUACUUAAAGCAAAUGGAGUGCGGCUCUCUUCUGAUCCUGAGUCACGGGACAGGUGCAGCCAAGAAAAAAAUGUUGAUGGUUUACCACACAGGUCUAACCAAAGGACACAUUCAAAACCGAAAGAAGCACUGGACUCCUCAUAUGCUGACAACUCUGCACAGUUUUUCUCACUGAAAAAGACAAAUUCAAGCAGUGAAACCUCUAAAUCAGCAUCAGUCGUGCCAGAACUCCAAAGCCCUAGGACAUGGAUGAAAAGGAAGAAUAGUUCCUCUUCAGCAAGAAGAGUGCCUCGCAGCCCUGUAAAGUUCACUGGUGAAGGGAACAAGCAUUUAGGGGAUGGGAAUGUGGACUACUCUGGGGAGGUGGAGGGAAAGAACAGAUCGGGUACAGAAUUGUUGCGUGCCAAGAUCCACCAUGUCCCGCCGAGGUGGAUGACGGCUCUGUAUUUUAGUCAGAAGGAGCAGCUGAAGGUGAAUCCAGCAGCUGGAGUGGAACUUCCUCGCUCCAGCUUCACACUAGAACUAUGGGUCAAGCCUGAGGGAGGUCAGAACAAUCCAGUCCUUAUAGCAGGUGUGUUUGACAACUGCACCAGCCACAGUGAAAAGGGGUGGUCUGUUGGCAUCCGGACUUCCAAACCCAUGGGGAAAAAAGAUAGCUGCUUCUUCUUUACUCUUCGUACAGACCGUGCCCAAAGAUCCACCACUCUUGCUGGACAUCAGCACUACCAGCCAGGUGCCUGGACUCAUGUUGUUGCCAGGUAUGAUGGCCACCGGAUGGCUCUAUUUAUAGAUGGUGCCAAGGUCAAAGAGAGCACACAGCAGUCUGGUGAUCUGUACAGCCCUUUUAUCAAGAGCUGUCGCACAUUUUUGCUGGGAGGUAACCUCUCUAACUCUGAACAAGGCUUUCGAGGUUAUCUAGGAGGUGUUGUCCUAUGGGAUCAUGCUCGCAGUAGGAGUGAGCUUUUUAAAAGUGAUGUGUGGCGUUCAACGAAACAGAACCCCCUGAUAGAACUCUGGGCUGACUUUUCCAUGAUGGAGGAAAAAUGGGUGCCGUAUAAAGACCGCCAACACCCAGCCACUGUAGUCUUACCAGCACCAGAACAGGAGCUGAUUUCACCUUUCCUGCCUCCUCCAUGCGGUGUGACUAUUUGUGACAAUCCAGAUAUUAUCCUGAGCUACAACCAGAACUGGGAGCUGCGGGCUGCUAAGAGGCUACGAUACCGUGUGGUAAACGUGUGCAAUGAUGAUGGUAGCAAUCCCACUGUGUCAGAGCAGCAGAUUCUUUCCCAGAAGCAGGCACUGGAAGAAGCUUUUGGACCAUACAACCUGACACUGGAGCUCAGCAUAAUAAAUGUGUACAACUCAUCACUGCGGCGACGCCUUGUGCUCAGCAACUGCCAUAUGACCAAGGUGGGAGACCGUCACUGUGACCGGGAGUGUGAUCACCCACUCACAGGCCGUGAUGGAGGAGACUGUCUGCGUCCAAGCACCUGCUACAGCUGGAUGAGGGGCGAUGGGGUGUGUCAGCCUGAAUGUAACACCAUCCACUAUGACUAUGAUGAUGGUGACUGCUGUGACCCAGAGGUCACUGAUGUCACAAGAACAUGUUUUGACCCUGAGUCACCUGAAAGGGCUUACCUGAGUGUGAAGGAACUGAAGGAGUUGCUUCACCUGAACAGCUCGGACACCCUGAAUGUGUUCUUUGCCAAAUCAGCUCAAGAGGAACUUGCUGGGGCUGCUACAUGGCCAUGGGCCAAGGAGGCCCUUACACACCAAGGUGGAAUGAUACUGAACCCAUCCUAUUUUGGCACUGUUGGUCACAACAAUACCAUGAUCCAUGAAAUGGGCCACAUUUUUGGACUAUACCAUGUCUUCAAGGGGGUGAGUGAGCGUGAGUCAUGUGAUGACCCAUGUCAAGAGACCACAGCAUCCAUGGAAACUGGAGAUUUCUGUGCUGACACUGCACCAACCCCAAAGUCAAAAGCGUGCCAAGACCCUGGCCUGGUCAAUGACACUUGUGGAUCUAUGCAGUAUCAUAAUACACCCUACAACAACUAUAUGAGCUAUACAGAUGAUAACUGCACCAACCACUUCACACCAAACCAAGUAGCUCGGAUGCACUGCUACGUUGACCUGGUGUACAAAAACUGGGUUCAAGACAGAAAGCCCACUCCCAUUCCUCUUCCACCAAUGGUGAUUGGCCAAGAUGAUGACUCUGUGUCCAUUCACUGGUUGCAUCCAAUUAGUGGACCUCUCAUGCAAAGGGAGGAGGGAGUGAACUGUCAGUUGUGUGAUGAACAUGGAGCACUCCACCAGUAUGCCUACAAGGCCACCUCACCCCAUUCUUGUGACAGCAGUGGUUACUGGACACCUGAAGAAGCUGUGGGUGCUCCUGAUGUGUAUCAGCCGUGUGAACCUAGCAUGCACUCCUGGAGCCCUGAGUUCAGCCUAUAUGAGGCCAAUAUGAGUUCUCAGUGUCUUCAGACUGGAGGAUGUGUUCUGCAGUUGUACUUUCAGUAUGCAGUAGUUCCAGACACACUAACUGUGUGGAUCACCUACAUCUCCUUCAGCAUUCAGGCGAUCUCUGAUCUGGAGUUCAUUCUGGAGACCGGUGAAUCAGUUCACACUGGCCCCCAGAAUGUUUUUUGUGAUAUUCCUUUGACUCUGCGUGCCACCAGUAACAAGAAAGUAAGGGCUGUAAAGAUUUCCACCUUUGAUAAGAAACUGGAGGUUGAUGCUGUGCUGCUGACAUCACGACCCCAGAAUUCUCUUUGCUCUGUCUGUCGACCACUCAUCUACCAUGUACUACGAGUUCCACCCAUAAAGGAAGGCAGGGGCUCUGUCACACUCAAACAAUCCCCAUACACAGACAGUGAUGUACAGAAAGGGAUGCAGUAUGAGUACAGGAUCCAGGUGGAGGCCGAAGGCUUGCGCAGCGAGCUCUCUCCUACUUUGGUCUACACCCAUGGAGACCCUUUCUGUGGAGAUGGGCAACUACAAGGGAUGGAAGAGUGUGACGAUGGGAAUCUCUUGGACAGAGAUGGCUGCUCCAAAAAAUGUAGCAUGGAGCCAGGCUUCAACUGUGUGGGUCAGCCAAGUCAUUGCUACUUUUAUGAGGGUGAUGGUGUGUGUGAGGAAUUUGAGAGGGGCUUCAGUGUUCAGGACUGUGGCUUCUUUACCCCAAAUGGCUUCAUUGACCAAUGGGCUUCUAGUGCAACAGCUUCCCAUCAGGACUGGCGGUGCCCUGCACUGUCUGCAACAGGGGAGCCCAAUCUCAGUCUGAUGUGCAGGUCUCAGUAUGUGGAAAUGAAUGACGCGCUAAUGCGUGAUGCAUGGGUCCCCUGCACAGUCUUGUCUCACUUCAGCAGUCACCAUGUCCAGGAGCAGCCUGUCUGGCUCAGGGUGGAAUUCGAGCGGCCUGGGGUAGCAGCCUCCAUUCUCAUCUAUCUGGCCUAUGAUGGAGAAAUACAGAACACUGGAGAACAGUGCAAGAAAACAGUGUCUAUCCAACUCUGUGACACUAGUGACAAAAACCACACAAUUGGUACCUAUGAGCUGUCAUGUCAACGUAACCCCUUGGUGGUGAAUGUGACCCACAACCUCAGCAUGCCCUUCUUCCAGACAGCUGCUUUGUUGCUGAACUUCUCCACUGUUCAUGUGGCUGUGCUAGGGGUGGCAUUGCGUACAUCCUGCCAUUUCAGUCCCUUCGCCCUGACUGGGUGUGUGCACAGGCCAUGCACUGUGGACCCUUGCAGUGGUGUGAAAGUAGAGCAUGCUUCAGUUAACUGCACCCCCAUUCUGGACCCCACACACUGCUCCAUUACCUGCCACCGAGGGUACACACUGCACGUGCUCAGUGGCCUGGGCUUUCGUCCUCAACAGAGUGUUGUAGAGCUGAACUGUGUCAACGGUGUUUGGGACCGUGUGGUGAGCUGUGAGCCAGUGGACUGUGGUCUACCUGAUAACUCUCACGUCUAUUUUGCCUCCUUCACCUGCCCCUGGGGUACGACUUUUGGCAAGCAGUGCACCUUCUCCUGCAACUCACCCUCCACAUUGCAAGGUGAGAGCAACACAUUGGCCUGUCUUGAGGAUGGACUGUGGUCGUUCCCUGAAGCAUAUUGUAAGAUUGAGUGUCUGGGUCCACCUGCUGUACCCAAUGCUAAACUCUUGGUGCCACAGUGCGAUGGUAGGAGGCAUGAUGUGGGUACCGUGUGUCGCUACAAAUGCAACCCCGGAUACUACAUUACGGGUACCCUGACCAAAAAGCCAAGGAAGAGGUUUCUGAAGCUGGAGUGUUUAGAUGGUGGCAGAUGGCAGACGGGUGGCUGUUCCCCUGUCUCAUGCCCUGCUCUGCCUGCCAUGUUUGAGGGCAUGUACACGUGUACCAACCACCAGGACUAUGAUAGUGUGUGCACUCUACACUGCCCUGUCCCUACUGAGAGGUACUCGAUUCGCUGUACAAAAGAUGGGCAGUGGACUGAAGACUUCUCAAUGUGUAAGACAAUGGGAGGAUUGUGCCAGGUCCCUCUGGAGCUUAACAUGGUGGAGUAUACCUGUGAUGAGGGUUUUGGCGUCGGUGCAGUCUGCUACCCAGUAUGUGUCGUACCCUUGAGUGACCCCGUGCUGUUGCCCAAAAACUCUACGGCUGAUACAAUCAAACACUGGGUCAUUCCCACCAGGAUUCAGAGCGUUGUAUGUACAGGCACAAUGAAAUGGCAUCCCAAUCCUGAACAGAUCCACUGCAUUCAGUCAUGUGAGCCAUUUGGUGGAGAUGGCUGGUGUGAUACGAUCAACAACCGAGCCUACUGCCAAUACGAUGGAGGAGAUUGCUGUCCAUCCACUCUUUCUACCAAAAAGGUCAUCCAGUUUGGGGUGGACUGUGACCUUGACGAAUGCACAUGUCGUGACCCUGAGGCUGAAGAAAACAAGGGAAGAAUGGGAGAGUUUGAGACACAAGGACCAUAACAGGACAAAUGGGGAAAAAAUAAAAUCAAGAGACAAGAAGGAUGAGAACAGAAUGUGGAAAAUGGGGACACAACAAUCAAAACCAGCACAAAUUGAAACAUAUCAACUUAUGAAAUCUACACUAAUCAAUCUUAUACUAAUCUGUAAAUAUAUAUUUGGAGAUUCUGACAUUUACGUGGGUGUAGAUAUGACCUACUUUAACAUUUUGUCUGAUUUAUUCCCAACAAAAGUUCUCAAUGUUUUUUUGGUUUUUUUUCCAUAUCUAGAUUAUCUAAAAGUUACAUAUACAAAUAUUGUACUGAUAGUGUUAGCUUGUUUUGUGCCACAUGCUCUGUUCUGAAGACACCCUAUAUUAUGGUACUAGCCUGUGUAGUGUAUGCAUGAAUGCUUUGAAAAGAAGCAGAUUCAAUUACAACUGACAUACUCUUACACAACAUUCUGUAAAUGUACAGUUUUACUGAUGUAUCAGUGAAAAUAAAAUCAACAUACAAAUCCAAUACUGGGUUAAUUCUUUUAGAGGCUGUAAGUGAUUUUAAGAGCAUUUCAUCAGUUGACUUAAUAAUACAGAAUAAACUAAUAGUGCAAUUUACAUUUCUGCUGUUGAUGGUCAAACAACAAUGCUAUGAUUCCAUGCACUUUUCAUAACUAGUUUAAGAGUCAAGA